AUGUGGCCGCCGUGGGGAGGAAUCCCUCGCGGAAGCGCCGCCGUGUCGACCUCGCCGUUGCACCCAUCCUUCUCCUUCUCCUACUCCUUCAAGGACAUCCCGGCCCUCCUCGAGGACGAGGCGCCGCCGGAUCCGGUGGCGCCGCCCGCUUCCCUGAAGAAGUCCCCCUCCGUCUUCCACCGCGUCCGGUCGGCGUCCUCCGCCCUCCGCAUCUGGCGAUCGGUCCCCUCCCCCCACGCUGCCCUCCACCAGGACCCCGUCGCCGCCGGCGAGAAGCGAAUCGUCGUCUACUUCACCAGCCUGCGCGUGAUCCGCAAGACCUUCGAGGACUGCCGCGCCGUCCGCUCGAUCCUUCGGGGAUUCCGCGUGGCUGUGGACGAGCGGGAUCUAUCCAUGGACUCGGGCUUCCUGAACGAGCUCAAGGGGAUCCUCGGCCAGAAGCAGCUCGCCCUUCCCAGGGUCUUCAUUGGCGGGCGGUACAUGGGCGGCGCCGAGGAGAUCCGGCAGCUCCACGAGUCCGGCGAGCUCAAGAAAUACGUCGAGGGGGUGCCGCCGGCGGAGCCCGGCGUCUGCGACUGCUGCGGGGGAUUCCGGUUCGUGCUCUGCGAGAAUUGCAGCGGCAGCCACAAGUACUACAGCGAGAAGGGCGGAUUUCGCUGCUGUACGCUCUGCAAUGAGAACGGCCUGGUUAGAUGCCCCGCUUGCUGCCGCUCCGACGUCGUCUGA